UUGUAUGGACAAUGAGUGUCGAAUUUGUUGAAAAUAAAAGUGAAUUGAUAUUUUGAUAGGUAAGGCUUAUUUGGUUGAAUUGAAGUUUGAUCAUGCUUGGGUUGUUACAAGUGUACCGAUUAAAGUGUAAUGCGCGUGACAUUUGGAUAAAACAUUUUUCAUAUCGGAGUUGUGACUGUUGUUCACACGCAUAUCUGCCCUCUCAUUGGCUAGAAUGUUCCCAUCUGAUCUCGCCUCCUCCCGCCUGCCUUUCGCCUUUGUGGACAUAUAUUUCCAUUGUUAGAGCGGCCAGUCGACCAUCUUGUCAAUAUAAUAGAUAAUCUUCGGCGAGAGAAAACUGCUAUAGACUCCUUUUUUUUGUCUUCAUAGCCACAUUAAAACGUAACGGACUGUCGGAAUUAGGAAGGUAGAAUAUUUACUACCCUAUAUUUGCCCUCCGUAAAUAAUCAAACAAUGAGGCAUUCAUAUCUCCCAUGUCUGUUAUAUGGCAAAACGUUUUGAUCAAUGUGUCUGCACGAAAAAUGAAAUGACCGAUUUAUAUAAUCAGAAAUAAAUGAAACGCACUCCAGGCUUUACUAAGUGGAUAUUACGUGCCUUUUAACGAAAGAGAGCAGGUUUUCGUGAGGACUUUUUGUUAUUUCAUUUAAAAAAAUGACAUUUACAGAUUUCAUGUAAAAAGGUUGCUGCAACAACAAAGACCAUGCAUUCAUAGGAGAGGAGGAUUGCUUGCUACCUUAAGGUGAUAGAGUGAGGCAGCGUGCAGCAUUUGUCCAGGCCAGCCCAGGCCCAGGGGUGUGACCAACCGAGCGGAUGCCCUAGACUGUGCGGCAGGGGCGGCAGGCUCAACCAUGACUCGGCUGAUGUUAGGCCGGACCCUGGAGCGCAUCUGCAAGGCUGUCCUGCUGCUCUGCCUGGUGCACUUUGUCAUCAUGAUGAUCCUCUACUUCGACGUCUACAGCCAGCGCUUCGACCAGAUCUUCAGCCGCUUCAACAACGGCCGCAACGCCAGCCGCAGCGGACACCACUACUACUACAACCUCAGCCGGCCCAACGCCACCUUCGCCAACUACCUGGCCACUGCAGACCAGCUGCUGCCCAGCGCACGACCUGAGGGAAAUCACACGCCACCAACUACCAAACCUAUACCACCAUGCCCGGAGAUACCACCUGGUCUGGUGGGCCGCCUCCUCAUCGAGUUUGCCUCCCAGAUGACAAUGGAACGAGUGCAGAAGGAGAAUCCAAACGUGACGGAGGGGGGCAAGUACACCCCACCGGACUGCCGUGCCAAACAGAAGGUGGCUAUCAUUAUCCCGUUCAGACACAGAGACAACCACCUCAAGUACUGGCUGCACUACCUGCACCCCAUCCUACGACGGCAGAAGAUCGACUACGCCAUCUAUAUCAUCACCCAGCUUGGCGAGGACACUUUCAACAGAGCCAAGCUCCUGAAUGUGGGCUACACCGAGGCCCUGAAGGAUGCAGAGUAUGACUGCUUCAUCUUCAGCGAUGUGGACCUCAUACCUAUGGACGACCGUAACCUCUACCACUGUUACGACCAGCCACGACACUUUGCCAUCGCUAUGGACAAGUUUGGCUUCAGGCUUCCUUAUGCGGGGUACUUUGGCGGGGUUUCCGGGCUGAGCAAAAAACAGUUUCUCAAGAUCAAUGGCUUCCCCAACGAGUACUGGGGCUGGGGAGGAGAAGAUGACGACAUCUAUAACAGGUUUGAUGGAGUUCAAGGAAUCUGGUUCGGGAAUGAAAGCGCCCACAGAUCCUUGGCACACAACGCUGUUCAAUACGAUUGAGCCAAUUUUGUGUGCUUGCUGGGCUGAGACAGCAGGAUGUUAAAACAUGGAGGAAAGAAGUCAGGCUAAUGGAUGGAAGGGCGCAGCAGCACCACGUGGAGUCCCAUGGCGUAUGACCAAACAGAACAGUAAAUGAUGACAAAGAAACCUGUCAGGCAGCCAUGUUGUCUCAUACAGUACAUUUCAGGUCAUGGACACGACAUCCUACAAUCACAUCUUACAAUCAAUCAGGG